AUGUAUUUUUCCCAAAAAAAGACCAGAUUUUGUGGACAGUCGAGUCUUAUAUCUCCUCGAGUCUUCCUCCAAUAUCAAAAGUCUUGGUUUAAUCUUCUUUUAAUGGUGAAAUCGUUUAAAGAUAUUAUAACAUAGCUGAGUGAAUAUAUAUAUCUGUGAAAUAUAGCGGUAAAAAGUAUACCAUCCAUAAUCAUGGAGGUCAAUAAAUUGAUAAAUAGUGAUUUCACUAUAAAAGAUUAUAUAUUGAAAGGCAAAGAAAAACCUUUAUCCACGGAAUACACGAACAUCGGAAAGUUACUUUUAGACAAAAUGAAGGCUAAACCAGACUUUAUUGGUCAGAUAGACAUUAUCACCGAAGAGACAUAUACUUUUGCCGAAAUGUUUGAUCGGACUGUAAAAUGUGCGCUAUGGUUACGUCAACGAGGAAUCAAAAAUAAUGAUGUAGUUGCCGUAUGCGCUCCCAAUAUUAUGGAUAGUUUUGCACCAUUCUUCGCUAUCUUCUGCGUGGGAGCAAUCUUUACUCCUUGGAACUCUGCAAUGGAUAUACGUGAGGCACGUUACUAUAUGAAAUUAUCUGGUGCAAAAAUUGUCUUUGCGGACGAAAAUUCGGUAAAUACGAUACUGGAAGCGGCGAAAUUCGAUAAUAACAAUAUCAAAGUCAUCGUCUUUGGUAAGGCGUCGAAUGUUUUGCCCUUUUCGAAAGUACUCGAAGGUCAUAGCAAGUCCGACGUGGAGAAUUUUGAAUGUGCGCAAAUCGAUAACAUUCACGAUACAGCAGCACUUUUGUAUUCAUCCGGUACAACUGGUCUUCCUAAAGGAGUUACAAUCUCGCAUUUUGCUUUCUUAUGUAAUUUAAUCAUGAAUGGGGGUUGGAGUAUCGAAGGAAAUCCACUUUGGAUGUCGUCAUACUUCUGGAUCAGUGGAGUUUUAUUAACCUUGAAAUGUACGGUUAAUUAUUGUAAGAGAUUACUUUAUCCUAAAUUCGAAGAGGAAACGACGUGUAAAAUCAUAGAAAAGUAUAAGGUUACAUGGGUGUUUUUGUCUCCUAGCAUGAUAAAUAGAAUAUUGAAGGCGGGGUAUUUUAAGAAGUACGACGUAUCCAGUAUUACAAAAGUAUAUGUUGGCGGAGCUAUAUUUACUGCAAAAAGUCAAAUUCAGCUCCAAGAAUGCUUGCCAAAUGCCGAUGUUAUACAAAUGUACGGAAUGACCGAACUUUGUGGCAUUAUAGCUGCUCAAAAACCAAACCACAAAGCAGGUACCGUUGGAACGGUGACAAGUAACGCACAAUUCAAGAUCAUCGAUUUAAAAACAGGAAAUGCAUUGGGUCCAGACCAGGCAGGUGAACUUUUAACAAAAUCGAUAAUGAUGACGAAGGGUUAUUACAAUAAUCCACAGGCAACCAAGGAUACGAUCGAUGCUGAUGGAUGGUUGCAUACCGGUGAUAUCGCCUAUUACGACGAGAACGGUGAACUUUUUAUUAUGGAUAGAUUGAAGGAAACUAUGAAGUACAGAGGUUUUCAAAUUUCGCCGUCCGAAAUUGAGAAUCUUUUGCAAUCUCAUCCGGAUGUUAUCGAGGUUGCUGUUGUUGGUGUUCCUCAUCUUGAGGACGAUGAACAUCCUAUCGCUUUUAUUAGCAAAGUUCCUGGUUCGAAGGUAUCCGAAGGAGAGCUUCGAAAAUUGGUGGAACAAAAUAUGGUGGAUAGUUAUCAUCUCCGCGGCGGUAUUAAAUUUUUGGAAGAAAUGCCGCACACACCUUCCGGAAAAAUUAACAGGAAAGAUCUUAAAAUAAUGGCUAAAAAUUAUCAGGCUAAAUAAUCGUUUUCGUUGAAGUAUUUUCUUUAGUCGAUGAUUUGUAAUUUUUCAUAUUGUAAUAAAUGAAUGUUUGUAAUGAUAUGUAA